AUGAAUCGGAGACGAAUGGCAUCCACGUGUGUGUCUGUAGCCUGUAGGGGUCGACGUGGACCUGCUGAGCCGGAUGCACUCGCCGCACCUGGUGGGCCUGCUGGGGUACUGCGCCGACCAGAGCCACCGGCUGCUGGUCCCGCCGCCGGGGAGCAGCGGCCGGCGCUGGACUGGCAGACGCGGCUGGGCAUCGCGCUGGACUGCGCCCGCGCGCUGGAGUUCCUGCACGAGCACACCUCCCCCGCCGUCAUCCACCGCGACUUCAACUGCAGCAACGUCCUCCUCGACCACAACUACCGCGCCCGCGUCUCCGACUUCGGCACCGCCAAGGUCGGCUCCAACAAGGCCAACGGCCAGGUCGUCACGCGCGUCCUCGGCACCACCGGCUACCUCGCGCCAGAGUACGCGUCGACGGGGAAGCUGACGACCAAGUCGGACGUGUACAGCUACGGGGUGGUGCUCCUGGAGCUGCUGACGGGCCGGGUGCCGGUGGACACGCAGCGGCCGCCGGGACAGCACGUCCUGGUUUCAUGGGCUCUUCCACGGCUGACGAACCGCGAGAGGCUCGUGCAGAUGGUCGACCCGGCCCUGAAAGGCCAGUUCCCCGUCAAGGAUCUCAUCCAGGUGGCGGCGAUCGCGGCGAUGUGCAUACAGACCAAGGCGGAGUACCGGCCGCUGAUGACGGACGUGGUGCAGUCGCUCAUCCCCAUCGUGAAGAAGAGCCCCUCCAUGUCCUGCUCCUCCACGCCGGCGAGGCCCCUGCAGCACGUCGUCUACAUGAGCCCAGCCGCUGCCAGCAACACGUCCUAG